GGUUUAUUUUGGUGUGGUGUAAUACAAAACAAGCAGUUCACAAAAUCUCAAAAUAUCACAUAUAAAAUUAAGUUAAUACUAAGUUUGCGGGAGCAAAAAUGAGAAUAAACGAAAAUCUCAAAAUCGUCGGUUCGAACGUGAUUCUAGUGCCGUACGAAAGCAAACACGUGCCCAAGUAUCACCAUUGGAUGAAAAGUCCCGAGCUUCAGGAAUUAACUGCAUCGGAACCGCUGUCUUUAGAGGAGGAGUAUCAAAUGCAGAAAUCCUGGCGAGAAGAUGAAGACAAAUGUACAUUUCUAAUUUUGGAUAAAUUCGAAUACGGCAGAGAUGGUGAUGAAAUAGCAGCUUUGAUUGGUGACACAAACAUAUUCCUGCAGCCGAACGAAGGCGAUGAUGCUGAUGACGAGGACAUCGUUAAAACAGGAGAAAUAGAAAUCAUGAUUGCCGAACAAACAUGCCGGGGGAAACGUUACGGUUGGGAAUCGACACUUCUGAUGCUGCACUUUGGCAUCAAACAUCUGAACAUCCAAAAAUACAAAGCCAUAACCAAAGACACCAAUGCCAAGGCCAUGCAAAUGUUCACCAAGAUGGGAUUCCGAGAGAUGAAACGAGUGCCGGUGUUUCAAGAAGUAACUUUUGAAAAACUGGUAGACAGCGAAUGGAUCGAUUGGAUUGAACGGGAGAUUUCUCUAUCAAUUGAACCAUACAGAAGCUAGUCGUCGUAUGUUUCCGGUUUCAAACUUGUUUUCAUACUAGUUUUUUUUUAUUGGGAUCUUAGCCCUAGUAGAUCGAUUUUUGUUUCCUAGUCUUUAUGUUGUUCUCACAUUAAUUUCCUUCCCAGAUUGAUUAGUCUCAUAUUUCCUUUGCGAUCAAAUGUUUUCCCUUCUAUUAAAUCUAAUCAGAGCUAUUUAUCUCGUGAUUUUACAUCGCAUUCGGAUUUGCACCCACCCCCGACUAUUACUAUUUAUUGGUUGCUUCGCUAGGGCAGUGCGCACAAAUUGGUCUGUUACCCAAUCUAUACAUUAGCUAUAUUUGGCAGAUUUUUUUUUAUUCAACUCUCCUACUCAUUUGCAUCAAUCCGUUUCAACUUCAGUUAUAUUGUUAUUAUAAUUUAAUUCGAUUUAUUUUCGCUAUGAUAACACAAGAAAUAGACAAUAGAAUUAUUAAAUUGCAUUUACCCCUUGCAUAAAGGUUCUUGAUCGAGUUUAUACAAAUAAUUAGGAAAGCUCAUUUGGAAAACAAAAAUUAAAUAGCGAUAAUAAACGAGGAUUAUUUGUCAUUUAAGAAUAAAAAAAGGUCUACAGGCAAGACGCCUCGGAUUUUCCAAGGAUAACAUCAAUAAAAACUGUUUCUGACUGAAAAUAAAUAAA